GUCUCUUGUAUGGAAGAAAUUUGAAACAAUUUGAAAUUUAACGUACGAAAAUUUAGAUGGUACGGGUGAUACGUUAAAAUCGAAUUUGAUUACUAAUUUAUACAUUUAAAAUGGCUGAAUUUAAGACACCGACUACGAAAAGGUACAAGAGCAGAGUACAAGACAAUCCAGAACUGCAAACACCUAUAAAAAUACCAGCUUCACCAUUCUUAGAACAGAUAGGUUAUGGAUGUGGUGUUUCGGUGUUCUGUUUGGAACGAUCUCCAAAAGUUGGUUUCAGUCGAUCACCAUGGGCGAUAAAGAAAAGAAAUCGCAGAGUUGAAGAAGGUAAAACGUACAAUGAACGCAUUCGAUUUGAAGCAGAGUUACUUCGGAAGCUAAAUCAUCCAAACAUUAUCGGUUUUCGAGCAUUCACAGAAGUUUCCCGUGGUGAUGGUGUCGAUCCAUGUUUGGCGAUGGAAAAAUUAGAUGCUUCUUUAGGUGAUAAGAUAGAGCAAAAGCUUGACGCAGCUGAGGAUCCAUUUCCAGCUAAAGACAUUCUAAAAAUAACAUAUGAAAUAGUAAAAGGAUUAGAAUAUUUACACCAUACUGCUCAUAUUUUGCAUGGUGAUAUGAAAAGUUAUAAUGUAUUGGUUUCUGAGGACUACAAUAGAGUUAAACUUUGUGACUUCGGGGUAUCUGUACCACUCACAGAAUCUCUAGAGUUGGAUGCUUCAAAGGGAGAUUUUAUGUAUAUAGGAACAGAGUGUUGGAGUGCCCCUGAAAUAAUACAUGAGGAUGGUCCAGUCACAAAUAAGGCAGACAUCUGGGCAUGUGGUUUAGUCGUUUGGGAAAUGAUAGCUUUGUCAACACCUCAUUUAGAAACUUUGGAAAAUGAUUACUCUUGUUUUGAUGAUUCAGUGACAGAAAUACAUAUGGAAAAUCAUACAGAAGUUGCUGAACAUAUAAAAAAUAUGGAUGACAGUGUUAUUUUCCUUAAUGAAAUGAUAAAUUCUAAAUAUGGUACACGUCCAGAAUUACCUGCCAUUAAUCUGGGUAAAGAAUAUGACAGAAUACUUGAGCUAUUUUUUGCUUGCACUACCAUGGAUUAUAAAGUUAGACCUACUGCAAUUGGUCUUGUUAAGUAUUUUGAAAACUACAUAUACAAAGACAAAAUGUGA